CGUACUAGUUAUAUAAAAGUCAUCAUAUAAACUACUACAUAGUUACAUUUGUUCUUCGGCAUGUACAUACCUAUUGUGCGUACGCUGUAGGUAGAUACCUAUGUAUAUACAUACAUAUGUAUGGAUGAGACUAUGCGGCACGGCGCUGUAAAAUGACAAAAUAACAUCGUGUAAAAUCAACGAAUUUCACCGUCUAUUGUAUUCGACGUAGUGUGUCGACUUACCUACCCAAAUACCAGACGUUAGCACCGAUAGACGCAGCACAGGAGGACAGACGGAUGUCUUACUUCGUCAGCUAGGCUUUCGCUGCCUUGUCUGCUUCCCAGACUGUCUACUUGCCUGCCUGCCUGUUACGCGUAAUCACUACGAAGGAAGAUUAAACGGUGGGUGAAUAAGAGAAGCAGAGCCGGAGGAAGAAGAAAACUCGUCGGAUGUGAGCGAGUUAGCGAGUGUGAAGUCAAAAUCCUCAAAAUUGCCUCUGCUUUCUUGCAUAUUGUUAAAUACUUCCUUCAGCAUACCCAGACAGUUUCCCAUUUAGUUUGAGAUCGGUGCGGCACGGUGCAUGGCGACAACGUUUAUUAGGCGGCGCAAUACGGAUUCGUUUCACAAAUCGACUUCGGUUAGUUUAAAUAGUUUCAGUUUCGAUUUAGGCUGAUUCAGUGCGCAUAAAAUUAUUGGAGAAAACUUGUACUCAAACUAGAUGUGAGCAUCAUAGGUCGACAGUGCUACGCAGGUAAAACGGACAAGGAAAAAAAAACGUACAUACAACUAAUAACACAGAAAAGUAACAACAUGUAUGUACAUAGUUGUGGAAGGUUAGCAGAGCGAAGAAAGUUGCACUAUUAAUUAUACAUGUAUAUGUAUAUGUACAUACAUGAGAAGGAAUAAAACAUUUUGGAAGGCAUCUAUUGGAGAUUAACAUACAGAUGUUACCUGGGGAAAGAAAAAAUUGCAGCUGCACGACUGGGCGCGAAAACGCUCAACAGAAAUCUAAAGUCAGGAAUGCAUGUUUGGAUAACUCAUACACCACACAAAAUUAGAUGAACGACUAAAUACAAUAUAUGUAUGUACGUGCAUCAAGAAUAUAAUAUUAAACAUAUGCAAAUACAUACACGCGUAUGAAUAUGUAUGCAGGUGCAUAUGUAGCAAAAAGGAAUGUAACAAAAUACGACUAGCUCAGAAAUGGUGAAAAGAAAUAGAAAUCAAAAGGAAACUUGAACACAACACAAAGUCGUAAGAAGGAAAAAAAAUAAAAGUGCUAAGAAAACGGAAAGAAAACUAGGAAAAUUUAAGUGAAAAUCUACCUAAAACUCACCGCUCUAGCUGCCUGACUGCUGCCUGUACAUACGCCUGGCCGGCCGGACAACCAACUGACGCAUCAGUCUAGUUGAAAUAGCGACAGCAGCUAGGCACGGCUACAUUAAGUGCCGCGCUACGGAAUCCGAGACAAAGCAACAUUUGUUAAGAGAAAAGAAAAUUCAUAACUUUUAAAAUUUAAAAGAAAUCCUAACCUAACCGAGGAAAAUUUACCGAAAUCAGAUUGAGCAAUAGUGGAUAGAAAUAUCGGCGCACGAAAGUGCAAUUGAAUAGGCAAAACGUAUUCUCAAACCAAACGCUAUACCAAGGCAAGGCAAAGGAAACCAGGCACUCAAUCAAAUAUGCACACAUGUGUAAAUAUAUAAAAUACAUAUGUACAUACAUAUGUGUAUAGGUAAUUCAAAAGGCAAAAUCGAAAUAAUGCGACGCAUGGGCAUUCGUGCUUGGAUUAGUGUUUAUACAUAUUCACAUGUUCAUAAGUAUGCAUAUAUGUUUGUAUAUAUGUCCGCUUUGCUUUUACAAAACGAGUAGUGCCUGAAUUAUGCGCUUGUUUUUUUUUUACUUGCAUGUGUAUAAUGUGCUAGCAAAGUGCUAUAAUAUUAGUUACGAUACCAUAAAUAAGAACGAGAAAGACCGUUAGUUCAAAUAAUCUUUGCAAACAUGUAAAAAGAGUCAAAAAUUAAUAAAAGUCUACGAGCUUCCAUUAAAAGGAAGAUCAACAAAUUAUGUGCCAUUUUGUAAUUCAUUCAACUAAUCGAGCAAAAUUAAAAUAAGAACAAAUAAAGCCACUAAUAAUUUAUAAUCGUAUAAAAUACUCGUAUUCAUAAAAUAAUACACUUAAAACGAUCAAAAAAACUAAAGUAAUUUGUAAGAAAAAUAGCAAAUUAUGGAUUUCCUACAAUGAAGAUAAGCUUUAAAAUUUCAAUACGUAAACCAUUUAGCACGCGCAGCUGUUGAAAUUUCCAAGGUCGGCGCUAUUCUUAACAGUAUUAUUAACACGUUAACACUCAACCUUCUUUCUUCCGUCACAUACACACUUGUCCGCAUUUUCCCAAACACUCGUAUCCCCCACAGCGGCAAUAACACAAUAAUAAAGCAACAGUAGGCAGACUAAACAAUUCAGUGCGAUACAGCGCGCUGCAAAGACCGGGAGAGCGGAACAGAGUAGUGUUAACGCCGACGUAAAGUUAAGGUGUGCUCGUUAGCAUUGACAGUAGGAAAGAUGUCCUGCAUAUCCAGUAAUUUUAGCUCUUUCUUCCUUAAUUCUCUCAACGAUUCAUCCGAGUUUGCCAAGUAUUUGAGUAAUGGCGAGCUAAAGUUUUCAUCCUUCGAGGAGUUUCAAGUAUUUGGCUCCUCGGGUGCGGGAUCGUGUACGUCGCCGCCACCAGCAGCUCAUCAAGUGUCAGCAUCGCAACAACAUCAACAGUAUUACAAUGGUGUAGGUAAUAGUGGCAACAACAACGCGAACGUUAGUGCUGACGCCAACUCGACGGGAACUCAGAGCGGUGGUGAUCUGUAUAACGGUGUGAGCUCAGCAAAUGCUGUCGGGAGUUGUGCGCAAAAUGUUGCUGACACGUCGGCCGCAUCAGCGAUAGCACCUUCGCCUGCGUCUAAUACGUCGCAGCCCGGGGUACAACAUGGCCUGCAGCAAGCUGAUCUUUUGCAUCCAACGCAUCAUACGCAUUCUUCUCAUGUGCCACAUUCGCUUCCUCCCGCUCAGAAUCUCUAUGGCGGCCACGCGUCUCACCCAACCAGCAGCCUAGCUGCCAAUGCCUUUCAUCACAAUCACCUCGUUACGCCGCAUCAUGCACUCGGUUCACAAACUGCUGCGACCCAAAGCUAUCCACCUACACCGCAACGAUGGUCUACAGCCGUAAGUGCCAAUUCAACGGGCACCGCCUCGCCUGGAACGCCACACACACUACCGCAUGUGCAUGGGAACAAUCAGCCGGGCACGCCUAUCGCCACCAGCUCUGGGGGUGCGCAACAUUUUGAUGGUUCCUUUGAAUUCCUAAAAUACCUGCGUCACUCCAACGACUACAAUAGCGGUGUUCAAGGCGAUAUUGGCAGCAGCGCUGUUCUUCAAUCUGGACAGUCGCAAUCAUCAACGGCUAGUUUGAUAGAUUUGGAUAGCAGUACGACACAUAAAUCUCGUUCUUCACGUAAAGCAGUCGCUUUGUUGUCUUCUGUAUCGCGAGCUUCCAAUAGUCUCGAUGCCGCAACAUUGGACGUAUUCGAUCACGACUCAAAACACACCAUCUUUGAUAUGAACCCUGUUACGGCCACUAAUAGCUCCAACUCGAAUGAGUCGACGCUCGAGGUAUCGAAUUUGGCAUUUCCCAGCACGCAUCUAAAUGCUUCUAACUCAAAUACUUCUUCUGAGGGCGCCGCUACUGGAAGCUCUGACUUUGCAAUGCUACACUCAGGCGUGGCCGCAAGUGCUCCCAAGCCAUUGGCUACAUUUACCAUCAAAGACAACUUUGAUGUGCACCCAUCUCAUAAGGUGGAGGAAGGCAUAUUUCAACAUAUGAACAAGUUGCCGGCAAAGAAAAAAGAAAACUUAAAGCAAUUGGGAGUUCGUUUCACUGGUCAAAUGACGCUUUCGGAUAAAUCGAUGGUCGUUGAAAACUUUAUCAAAUUCUGUCAGGAAUACGACAUUCAGGAUCAUCGACCAUUUCUUUCACUCAACCAAAGUGGCUUGAACAAGGCGGAUCAAAUCAAAUUUGCUCGUUAUUUAGGCCAAGGUCUACCAACCUUUACACUUUUCUGCAUUUAUAGUAAUUUCAAAAAUCUUUUCUGCACCAAACGCACGGAAAUAUACACUAAAGAUGGUUAUAACCUGCCUUACAUACUGGACAAAACGAAACGUUUUCUAUCGAAUACGACGGCAGAUCUAAAAAAUAUAGUUCAGCAGCAAUCGAAUGAUAGCAUGGAGUUUGGCCCGAAUGCCGGAGGUUCAUUGGACAGCAGCGCCGCCUCAAGAGUUACAAGUGGCUUUGAUUCAUUGCCCGCGAGGUGUCUGAUGCCAAAAGCUUUAGGGAAUUUGAUGAUUUACGAAAACUUCGACGUACAUGAAACGCAUAGGGUUGAAGAUGGGGUCUGUACACAUAUAACGCGAUUGCCGCCAAAAAAACAGGAAAUAUUUAAACAGUUCGGUAUUCAGAGUAAUCAAACGGUAACCUUUUACGAAAAGUACAUUAUCGUCGAGAACUUCAGCAAAUUUUGCAAUGAAUAUAAGAUUUCCGAUCAUAGACCCUUUUUGGACUUCCAUGAGAGUGGCUUACCCAAGUGUGAGCAGGUCAAAUUUGUUCGGUUCUUGGGACAGGGACUACCAAAUUUGACACUCAACAAAAUAUAUCUCUCCUUCAAGGAUUUAUUGGGAAUGAACCGCAUUGAAAAAACGAAUUCAGAUGGCUAUAAUUUGGAUUUCAUCUUAAAAAAGAAGAAAAAGAAUUUAUACAACCGUAUGCAAUCUGCAGUACAUAGAGAAAGCAUUGAAUCGGGGCAACCGACCCCUACUCAACAGACCUCCGCACAACUGACGCAUCUUGAUGGCUUCAAGACCUAACAAUAACCAUUACAUUGGUUAAAGCUAUUUUUACUGCGUGCAAUAUGGUGGAGAGAAGAGGAGAAACCGGAACAAAAUCACAUGAAAUUAUACUUCCUGGAACUGGACCCGAAACUGUUGUGUCUUCAAAAAUUCAUGCAAACAAUUAUGUUAAAAAUUUAAAUAUUCAUAAGUGCUAAAAUUUAAGUUAUUGGCAGUUGAAUAUGUACAUACAUACAUAGACACACAUGUAUGUGUAUAAGUAUGUAAUUUGAAAAUUUGUUUUUGAUAAAAAAUUUAAAAUGAAAGGAAUAUCAAAAUGAAAACUAAGCCAAAAGCUAAUAAAAGAACCUAAACGAAAUUUUCAAAAUAA